AUGGCUCAUCUCCUCGACCUGCCGGCCGAGCUACAUGAACAGAUAUUACUCUACUUGCCUCUACGGAGCCUGCUGCUCGCUCGCUGCGUCUGCCUGACCUUUGAUCGCGCCAUCCUGGGCUCCGGGAAGAUCCAGCAGGCGCUUUGGCUUCGCCCGCAUUCUUCCCUGCGCAUGGUCUGGUCGCCGCAUCCCUCGAGGGAUGGUAGGCCUGCGUGGGAUACGGGGGAUUGGGGGAAGGACCUGGAGGAGGGACGGCAGCAGCAGCAGCAGCGGCAGCAGAGGGAGGAUCACAGUGGCGAUAAGACAGGUCGCGCCUCAACAUGGCUGAUAGCUAACCCUUUCAUUCCUGCUUCUGCCGAGUGCAACGCAGAGCUCUUCAAGCGGCAAUGGUACGGCGAAUGUUUCCCGGAGGAACCUGCUCGCAUCUUCGGCAACCCGGAUUCAUGGGCUCUGGCGCGGAGGCACUAUACCAUCAAGCCUGUCUCUUUCGAUCAUAGGAGGUAUCCUUGUCGAUUCUACAUCGCGGGGCGGAUCUACAGCUAUAGUGACGCACCAACAAUGAAUGCUUUCCCGCGGUCGUGCGAUAGGAUGCUCAUGACGCACCCACCUAUGCGGAGCGUGAGUAUCAAGACUCGGAACCAGCCUAGGCUCGUGGAGGCAUCGGAUGAUGAUGGCGAUGUGGGUGGCAUCACGCCAGAACAUCUGGCUGUGGCGUCCUUGAGUGAGGUGAAGAGGGGUGCGGAUGUGAGUAUCAUUGGUGGUGAGAAGUGGCGAUUGCUUAGGAAGACGGUGGAUGAGAUUACAGGGUGGGAGAUGCUUGAUAUUCUACUGGGCGAUAUGGAUGAGGAUGAUGGGGAUGUGUUUGUGCUUACGUAUGCGAGGUGA